UUCUUCAUUAAAACAUUGACUUACAAGGACAAUACCCAUUAUACUCUAGCGUUGCUUCCUAUACUACUUCUCUGAUUCCAGUUCAUAUCAUACCUAACCCGUAACCAGUACAUAACUUAUAGGCAUGGCUCCCUCCGCCGUCGUCCCGUCGACCGUCCACGAUGGCGAGCAAGAUGUAAACCUGACUGCUUCCGCCAUCGACCACCGGUUAUCCGAAAAUGGCCAAACCGCUCCCUCGUCGAACGGACACGGCAAUGGCGUAUCUCAGCCAAAUGUCCGAGAACUAGACGCUUCAAACAUCACUUACACGUUUACCAAGGAGCCUCGCGACGUUCCUACUCCGGGCGUCUACUCCAUCGACGACUCAACCAUUUGCACAGACCACAUGGUCACCGUAGCAUGGUCAGCUAAGUCUGGCUGGGAAACACCGGAACUAAAACCUUACGGCCCCCUAUCUCUUAUGCCCACAGCGUCCGUACUUCACUACGCCACGGAGUGCUUUGAAGGUCUCAAGGCGUACCGUGGUUUCGACGGCAAGCUGCGUCUGUUCCGACCCGACUGCAAUGCCGAGCGAUUUCUCAUGUCUUCGGUGCGCAUUAGCUUACCAUCUUUCCCUCCCGCCGAAGUAGAAAAGCUGCUCUUGGCGCUGAUGGCUGUAGACGGUCCUAAAUGGGUACCUCGUGACCGUCCUGGAAGUUUCAUCUACCUGCGCCCGACGCUCAUCGGAACCCAGUCACAGCUCGGUGUACAGGCUCCGUCGGAGGCCCUCCUCUACAUCAUUGCCAGCUACAUGCCGGUCAUGGACUCGCCAGCAGGUGGUCUAAAGCUCCACACGUCGCCGGACGACAUGGUGCGUGCUUGGGUUGGCGGAUUUGGAUACGCCAAGGUUGGCGCAAACUACGGUCCUUCUCUCCUAGCGACGAAAGAAGCCCGCGCGAGAGGAUUCGGUCAGAUCCUAUGGCUGUACGGUAGCGAAGGCUACUGCACGGAAGCUGGAGCGAGCAACUUCUUCGUCUUGUGGAAAACCAAGGAAGGAAAGACUCAGCUUAUCACAGCGCCAUUGGACGACAGACUGAUCUUACCUGGUGUCACAAGGCGUAGCGUGCUACAGCUUGCUCGCGAGAAGCUAGGCGACGAGGUAGAGGUUGUAGAGAGAAGGUAUACCAUUGGGGAGGUAUUGGAGGCUAGCACGGAAGGCAGACUGCUCGAAUCUUUCGCUGCUGGUACAGCGUUCUUCGUCUGCCCUAUUUCGCUCAUCCAUCACCGCGAGCAAGAUAUACAGAUCCCUAUGGGCAAGGCGGGUGAAGGUGGUCCAUACACGCUCAAGCUAAAGGGCUGGCUUAAGGAUAUCAUGUACGGAAACGUAGACCACCCGUGGGGUGUUGUCGUACAAGAAGAACAUUAAGUGGCCUAAUUUCCCCGACGUGCAGAUGUGGCUACGCAGCUUUGCGUGCAUCUACAUCUCACGCCUCGGGACCCCAGACUUUCACAGCGGACGAAUAUUUCUGCCCGCAUAAUGUCUAUUGGUCGAGAAUCGAGAGGGGCGACAAUCGUAGCUGCGAACGGACGGGCGGAGCGGGCG